AUGAUUUUUAUAUGGAUGAUCUAUCCGGGGCGGACGGAAAAAAACGCUAUCAAAUUAUACAAAGAAGCCACGGAACUAUGGGAAAAAGGUCAAUUUUAUUUAAGGAAAUGGAGAGCGAACAGCAGUAAAAUUUUGGAAGAUAUAAAAGGAAAUGACGAGAACGAUAAGCUUUUAAAGCUAGAUGAAGAAGGAGCAUUGAAGACUCUGAAAUUGUUAUGGGAUGCAACAACAGAUAUGAUUCAAUAUUCGGUUAAUAUAUCGAAUACUGCAACAGCAAUAACACGAAGAAGUAUAGUAUCUAAAGUAGCGCAGAUUUAUGAUUCGCUGGGUCUUCUCGGGCCAAUCUUAAUUAAAGGCAAAUGUGCAUCAGAUCAUCAGAUUCCAAUCGGAUGGGACGAUCUUCUAUUUGAAGAAAUAUAA